GUCAGUUGAGUGUUUAUCGCGAGACCUUGGCUCUUCCUUUUCCCUUUUCGCUCCGAGUCCAAGAUGGGAGUCGACAUCAGACACAACAAGGACCGUAAGGUGCACAGGAAGGAGCCUAAGAGUGAGGAUAUCUACUUGAGGCUCCUUGUCAAGCUCUACAGGUUCUUAUCCCGUCGUUGCAAUGCAACCUUCAACAGGGUUGUCCUCCGGAGGCUCUUCAUGAGCAGGUCCAAUAGACCUCCCCUCUCCCUGUCCCGCCUGAUCCGCAAGAUGCGGCUGGCUGGCCGUGAGAACAAGAUUGCUGUGGUUGUGGGAACUGUCACUGAUGAUGUCAGGAUCCAGGAUGUCCCCAAGCUCAAGAUCUGUGCUCUGAGAGUGACAGACGGUGCCCGCAGCAGAAUCCUGAAGGCGGGUGGUCAACUGAUGACCUUUGACCAGCUGGCAUUGGCUUCUCCUAAAGGACUGGGCACUGUUUUGCUGUCAGGUCCCCGCAAAGGCAGGGAGGUGUACAGGCACUUUGGAAAAGCUCCUGGAACUCCUCACAGCCACACCAAGCCCUAUGUUCGCUCCAAGGGCAGAAAGUUCGAGAGGGCUCGUGGUCGCAGAGCCAGCCGUGGCUACAAGAAUUAGUUGUCAUGUGUUUUCCAUGCAAUCUGAUACAAAUAAAGAGAUUGGCUGUCCA